GUCAUUACGCCGGACAUUAAUGAGAACGCAAUCAGGUGAACAGGAACUUCUAAUAGUCCGCCAUAAUUAUGUUAAACGAGAUUGGCUAUGCCUUUCCUGCUGGGGAUGAAAGUGAUGGGAGUAACGACGAGUGGGACAUUGGAUAUUCUGAUAAUAACAAAAAAACGUGCGCUGAGUUCUCAGGUCAAGCGCAUUUGAAUGGAGAAGAUAAAGUGUCCACCUUGAAAAGAGCCAUUACUGCAGGAAAUGUCGACCUGGUGCGCGAGCUCUUGGACGGGGGUCUGGACGUUGAGACGCGGCUUGGCUUUGGUUGGACUCCUCUCAUGUGCGCUGUCCAUGUGGCCCACUAUGAGCUCGCUGAGCUGCUGCUGGAUCAUGGCGCAAGCGCAAACUUCAGCAGAGACCACUAUACAGUUCUGAUGGCUGCUUGCACAGCAAUGUCUGCCUCAGAAGAGAUGAUCUGCAGGUGUGUGGCUCUGCUGCUCAGUCGCAACGCUGACCCGAAUGUCUGCAACAGGAGCAGUAUGACGUGUCUGAUGCUGGCUGCCAGAGAUGGCUAUUGUCAGCUGAUUAAUUUGCUGGUGUCACAUGGAGCAGAGCUGAACUUUCAGAACGAAAAUGGACAUACGGCCCUCAUAAUAGCAGUGCAGUACGGACACCAAGGAGCCGUGUUGAAACUGCUUCAACUAGGAGCGGAUAAGUCCAUCAAAACCAAAACAGGGAAGACGCCAGCUGACAUGGCCAAAGUUUUCAAUUACCCUGAGAUCUCCAGGAUCUUUGAUUCUCCAGAGCUCUCUACUGCAAAUGCCAAUGCACAGUCCAAAGCUGAGGCACUGUUUAAAUUUCUCAAACAAAACCCUCAUUCUCACUCUGCCUGCAAAGAGAGUUGUUCUAAGCUGAGUGAUAUUGAACUGCUGCUGCAUGGUCUGAAUCUGGAUUAUCUCUCAGACAUCAUGGUGGAUCAUGAUGUCACUUGGAGUGACUUACUGAUCAUGGAGAAGGGAGAUUUAGAAAAGAUUGGAGUAACUGAUCCUGAGGAUCAAAAGAAGAUUCUCAGUGCCAUGGAGCAGAUGCACCUUGAUAAAGUAGAUCUGGACACCCUGACGCCUCUUAAUAACAUAGACAGCGGGAGUGAAGAUUUCCUUAACUUUCUGAUCAGCCUGAAACAGCAGUGCUGUUACUUGACAGAAACCUUACAGGAUGUCAUCAGCAGGUUCCCACGUAGCCCCUCUGAGGUUGUUCUCACAUGUGAUCCCAAGAAAGAAGCUCAAGCCCUUUGCACUGAGCUAGUAACUCAGACAGGAGACCUUCAGAAAGAGAUACUCUGUCUAAAGACCCUGCUCAGCAAGACGGAUCACACAGAAUAUACCUUUCAGCCUCUUCAACCAAACUCCAGAAUUGGUCAGCGAGGAAAGGCCCGCAAGAGGUUUGCUGCUGUGCUUGGACUUGGAAUGUUUGGAGCAGGGCUGCUAUUUGUGUUGUCACAAUCCAAAAAAUUAAACUGUUUUUGAGGUUACGUAUUGCUGUGACGUAUGCAUUUUAAGUUAUCUCAGUAUUUUAUUAAUCAUCAUUUGUUCUGCAUUUACGUUAUCGGUAUGUUAUGAUUAACUUGUUUGUGGUGCUAUUCUAGACUGUUGUUUAAGUAAAUCUAUUAAGUGUUCUUUUGGUUUUGCAGAUAGUGCACUUCCAACAUAUUAAAACAUUUCCCAACCCAGUGUGUUAUCAUUCUUAUUGCUUUGUGUCAGGUUGUCAACUUCUAUUUCAGCAGCAUCUGUCAGUCAGAGCUGGA